AUGGUCAUGAGCUGUGGGAGAGAAUCUUCUCACCCAGACUCAUCUACACCUCCACCUCCACCUCGCUCCUCCACUCCUCACCCAGAACACCCAGCACCCAGCUCCACAACUGAAGCCACCACAGCCUCCUCGACUCCUGCACCUCCCACCACCUCCUCCACCUCCUCCAGCACCUACCCUAGCCGGGCUCCUCCUUCUACACCCCCCGCGGUCUCAAACUCCACCAGGAGAGGGCAAGGAGGGUGGAUGGAGAGGGCCUUCACCACUGUGGUCUCAGUGAAACAGUUUGGAGUCUUCCAGCUUUCCGACAAGAGCCACUGUGACUCUGGAUACAGGGCCACAGACGACCUCUGUCACAGCAGCUGCUAUGGUAUGGACCAUGGGGACACUGACCAUGUGGACACUGACCAUGUGGACACAGACCAUGUGGACACUGACCAUGUCGACACUAACCAUGUGAACACUCACCAUGUGGACACAGACCAUGUGGACACUGACCAUGUGGACACAGACCAUGUGGACACAGACCAUGUGGACACUGACCAUGUGGACACAGACCAUGUGGACACUGACCAUGUGGACACAGACCAUGUGAACACAGACCAUGUGAACACUGACCAUGUGGACACUGACCAUGUGGACACAUACCAUGUGGACACUGACCAUGUGGACACAGACCAUGUGGACACAGACCAUGUGGACACUGACCAUGUGGACACAGACCAUGUGGAAUCAGACCAUGUUGACACAGACCAAGAGGACACAGACCAUGGGGACACAGACCAUGGGGACACAGACCAUGGGGACACAGACCAUGGGGACACAGACCAUGGGGACACAGACCAUGGGGACACAGACCAUAGGGACACAGACCAUUGGGACACAGACCAUGUGAACACAGACCAUGUGGACACAGACCAUGUGGACACAGACCAAGGGGACACAGACCACGGGGACACAGACCAUAGGGACACAGACCUCUGUCACAGCAGCUGCUAUAGUAAGGACCAUGUGGACACUGAGUUUGCAGAUGACGACAUCAAAGACGACGUGGACUGCUUUGUUCGCAGUGACCUCUUCUUACAAGUGUACAGAGCCGCAGACCGCUCCUGCAGGAACAGAAGAACCCUGGACCGGUUCUUUGAGGCCUGUGACUCUGGUUCUGGAGAGGAACCAGAAACAUUGGACUUUCUGACUGCUGAUUUGGACUCCAAAGCUGACACAAGGUGA